AUGAGACAGCGUCGUUGGCUUGAACUGUUCAAAGACUACGAUUGUGAAUUACUAUAUCAUCCGGGUAAGGCAAAUGUAGUGGCAGAUGCUUUGAGCCAAAAAGAGUAUGGUAGUGGGACAAAAGUCGUGCUUACUAGGAUCGAUAUAGUGUCCAGUCUGAUCGAUCGGAUCAAGGUGGCACAAUCCGAAGCACUUCUGGAGGGAAAUCUCAAGGAUGAAAUAAUGAUAAAACAACACCAACUGUUGACUGAGGAUGGUCGUGGCUUGAAACUAUUUCGAGGGCAUAUCUGGGUUCCCAAGAUUGGAGGCAAUCGCGAACUGUUACUAGAAGACGCACACAAGUCUAAAUACUCAAUUCAUCCGGGCAGCACCAAGAUGUAUCGGGAUUUGAAAUUGACAUAUUGGUGGCCUGUUAUGAAGUUGGAUGUGGCUCGUUACGUGGAGAGGUGA